AUGGCCUCUACGGAGAAAGCAGAGGAAGCCGCGAUAUUACCUCCCGAUUCCUUCGAAUAUCUCAAAUCCAUCAAAUGUCACCAGCCCGAAUUUCUCCGUGCCCGGAAGCUUCGCAUAUCAUCCAGCGAGAUACCUCGUCCCGACCAUCGUCUGAUAAGAUACAAGGCGAAUCGUGAGCGCGAAAAGAUGCUGGAGGUGAUAAACAAGGUGUACCGCCUUCCACGCUACCCGAAGGGUUGUUUUAGAGAACUCCUUCAAUGGCUUCACCGGUUCGACUUCACUCAAGACGAGGAAGAGGAAUUUGUCAGGUUUCUUAACGAGCCUUCGGGGUUCGAUCCGGAAGGUCGGUUUCGGGUAGUCACACCUUUCCUUCGGACCAAAACUCACAAAUUUUUCGUCGGAAGUCCAAUGUUACGAAUGACUGCUGCCUGCGCAGAUCAAGGCGACACCACAGACGAGAGAGAUCAAGACGACACCACAGACGAGAGAGACCGAGACGACACCACAGACGUGGUAGCUCAAGAUGACACCACAGACGUGAGAGACCGAGACGACACCACAGACGUGGUAGCUCAAGAUGACACCACAGACGAGGAAGAUGAAGGUGGCCCCAGUUACGAUGAGUUUUGUUCGCGGACUCAUGAGUUCAUCCCAGCUCUUCAAGUAGAGCGCGACUCUGACACCGAAGAGGGUUUCCUCCCCCUGCGAUUCGGCUUCCCCGUGGCAACUGUGAUUUGCUAUGAAAGGAGCGGAUACCGAAGGAGUAACGAGGGUUACACUUCGUUUCAUAUUGUCUUCCAUCCAAUUGACAAGAGCAUUUGGAUGGUGAUGGAUCGCUACCGGUGCCCGGAUGAUUCCGAAGAUUCAGACGGCAGUCUUUGGGCAUAUAAUAACAACAAAAAAGCAAUGGCCGUUCUACGUGACGUAUUUCAGUAUCAUAGAAGCUACGACUCAGAUUCAAAUACAGAUUUAGAUUCGGAUUCAGAUUCAGAUUCGGAUUCGGAUUCGGAUUCAGAUUCAGAUUCGGAUUCAGGUUAUGAUUCAAAUUCCGGUUAUGAUUCAAAUUCAGGUUAUGAUUCAAAUUCAGAUUAUGAUUCAAAUUCAGGUUAUGAUUUACCUGCAAGUUCAGAUGAAGAUGAACAGAAGUGGGACAAGUUUGCGGUGGCCGAGGCAUUCCGCGUGGGAACAAAGGAACUUUGGUUCCCUCAAGGCUUGGGCUUAAGUGAGCUCGACGGCGCAGGUCUCGAUGGUAACAAGUUUGAAGAACGAGUUUCUCGAUUCAAAGGUCCGCCGCCGCAAAUUAAGUUACGCAGACUUCCAAAGGUUCCGCUGUUUCCAGACGGGGAGCGCCUUCGAAUUCGUUUCGCAAAGCGAGCCCAAUUCCAGAGCUAUCUUGCAGAAAACGGUGUGGUGAAAGGCCGCUCAUGGCUUAGUGUGACAUCAGUGCCUAGUUGAGAUUCUACGCAUCUGCAGCAUGGUGUCAGCUUUCUUGAAGUGCAAGCCGCACAAGGCUGAAAAUCAAGUGCUAGGCACUGAUUGGAAUGGAUCAGUGUCUGGACAAGUCGGUGCUCAUAACGGCGCCAAUGGGACAAGUUAGUCAAUCCCAGUGAAUCAGUGCGAAGUAAUUUGAU